GUGUAGCUGAUGAAGACAACAUGUCGCCGGGACCCUCCGUUGUGUUCUGCAGUCCGUCAACUUGAAACAAAGUGCCCCUGUUUCUUCAUCUGCUCAAAUAAUCGACUCGGAACUCUCGGACAGUCUUUGUCGCUCCCGUUUUGAGCCCUUCCUGUUGGUCUCGUGGGUUCUCCAUGGAGCCCACAGUGAAUCGCGUUUGGCCGAGAGUCUUCCAGCGGCUCUACAGAACCUCGGCCCUUCCCAGGAGGACCCAUUCGGGAUGUGCCGAGCGGGCCGAUGUUCCCGCCUCCGCCAAACCCGCGCUGCUGGUGUCGCGCCUCUACCAGCCCUCCAACCUGCGUGACGCCGGGCCGGACAGCCGGCUGCAGGGCGAGCUCACCUGCAAGAGUCAAAGGCUCAUGCAGCAGGCCGGGCUCAUCCACCCGUCCAAUCCCGGCUGCUACUACUACCUUCCCACCAUCGUCCGCUCCAUGGAGAAGCUGGUGAGAGUGAUCGACCAGGAGAUGCAGGGCAUCGGUGGGCAGAAGUUGGACAUGCCCAGCUUGUGCUCCGCUCACCUCUGGAAAACCAGCGAGCGCUGGGACCUGAUGGGGAAGGAGCUGUUCCGCCUGAAGGACCGCCACGGCGCCGAGUACUGCCUGGGCCCCACGCACGAGGAGGCGGUGACGACGCUGGUCGCUCACCAGGCGACGCUCUCCUACCGGCAGCUCCCUCUGCUCCUCUAUCAGAUCACCCGCAAAUUCCGAGACGAGCAGAAGCCGAGGUUCGGCCUGCUCCGCGGGCGCGAGUUCUACAUGAAGGACAUGUACUCGUUCGACGCCGACGAGGAAGCGGCUCGCCGCACCUACGCCUCCGUGUGCCGGGCGUACGCCGCGCUCUUCGCCCGCCUGGGUCUGCGCUGCGUUCAGGUGCAGGCGGACACGGGCAACAUCGGCGGGAAACUCUCCCACGAGUUCCAGCUGCCGGCGGACGUCGGCGAGGACCGGCUGCUGGUCUGCGGACGCUGCUCCUUCGCCGCCAACGUGGAGACGGUGUCGUCGGGCGGAACGGACUGCCCGCGGUGCGGCGCCGCCGCGCUGGCGGAGUCGAAGGGCAUCGAGGUCGGACACACCUUUUUCCUGGGGGAAAAGUACUCGCGCGUAUUCGGCGCCGCCUUCAGCAACGCGCAGAACAAGCCCGCCGUCGCUCAGAUGGGCUGCUACGGCCUCGGGGUGACCCGGAUUCUCGCGGCCGCCGUCGAGGUUCUGUCCACGGAGGACGGGAUCCGCUGGCCGGGCCUCCUCGCCCCGUACCAGGUGUGCGUGUUGCCCCCGAAGAAGGGCAGCAAGGCGGACGACGCGGCGGCUUCGGCGGAGGAGCUGGUUCGCGCUCUGGGGGAGGCGGGGCCUAAUUUGAGAGGCGAGGUUGUUCUCGACGACCGCACGCACUUGACCAUCGGGAAGAGGCUGAAGGACGCCGGCAGCCUCGGCUACCCGUACGUGGUGGUGGUGGGACGGGCGGCGCUGGAGGACACGCCCAGGUUUGAGGUGAUUUGUCAGGGGACGAGCGAGACGAUGUUCCUCAGUAAAGAUGCACUCUUGGAUCUUCUGGGAAGAGUGGAAACUGUAUGAAUAACAACUGGGAAUGUGGAGAAAAGGCAUGUUUUAUUUUUGUGUGUGUAUGAUGCACAGAAAAGCUGUGUAUGUUUUUUGUCUUAAGAGGACUGGGAGUUUAUUUAUUUUGUUUCCCUACUGAACGACAUUGCUGAUAAAGUAACUCACGAAAAAAAGCUCCAUCAUGAACCUUCUGGGAUAUUAAGUUGCAUUUGGUCCUUGUUGUAAUAAACAAGAUGUGUUCAAUUUCA